AUGAAUAUUAAAUGCGGCAAUUACCGAAUUCAAUACGAGCUUGAAUUGAAUUGGCAAAUUGAUAUAUUGGAAAAAGAAAAAACAUUUGACAGGGUAGAACUUGCCAAGCGAAUCGCCGCAGCAAGAAAAGCAGAGAAAGAAUCCAACCAAGCUAUCGGAUCGCAACUUUCAUGGGAAGGCCUUGUCGCACCCCUCCCCGGCUCGCAUCAACCUGUUCAUGACUUGUUCAACACGGAUUCUGACGAAUUAGACAUGGAGAAUCAAGAUCAACUUGUAGACCAGCUUCCUGAUAUUAAACGAUUCGUGCAUGUUGAUCUGGCAGCUGGAAGACCAAGUGUUGAAUACUUGAAGGAGUUUUUUAAAGUUUUGAAAGACAUUGGAGCCUCAGGAAUCUUCCUCGAAUGGGAGCAGACAUUUCCUUAUGGUGGAGAAAUCUCUUUUCUCUCAAGCCCUGAACGCUCAUACUCUCGAUCAGAGCUCGAUGAAAUUCUCAAAUCAGCUCAGGAAAACAAGCUCGAAGUUAUUCCGCUGAUUGAUGUGUGCACAAAUGCAGAAUUUGCGACGAAGCAUAAAUCAGAGUUGAAGAUUUCUCCUACUUGUUUCAUGGACUUUCAUCCUUUGAGUGAAGACACUAAUAAAUUUGUAAGAACAUUAUUAUCCGAAAUUCUCCAGGCUCAUCCCUUAUCAUCCUGGAUUCAUAUCGGGUGUGGCCUAUUCAAGUCUAUUUCUCGCAACAUUUUGGCGAAGGAGAUUCACGCUAGAAAUACAACCACAACUGGAGUCUACCUUGAUUAUAUCGAGGACGUUGGUAAAACGAUAAAAGUUCUUGCGCCGAAUGUUCGAGCUCUUGUUUGGGACGAUACCUUGAGAAAUGUUAAUAAUGAAGUUUUAAUCGGUCACAAAGCUCCAGAUUAUUUUGAUGUUGUCAUCAAAAAUGAACGAUUUGGUGGAUAUUUGGAUGCUCGAGCAACCCUGAAACUUUUGAACUUUCACGGAAAAAUCUUUGAAGGAAUUUGGAUAGCGACCAGUUUCAAGUGUGGACAAGAUGUUCUUGACCCUUUACCGGAUGUAAAGCGAAACGCAGCACAGGCAGAGGAACUCUUUCAGGCUGCGAAAAAUGCACCUGAAUAUGCAAACAUCAUUGGAUUUGUUUUGACCGGAAAAUCGAGAUAUACUCAUUUUGCUGCAAUGUGUUCUUUACUACCAAUUUCGCUGCCAAGUCUCGUGACAUCCUUCAAAACAACCAUCCGUCGAGCCUUCACGACAUCAGUAUUAUGGGAAUCCUCAAGAGAGCUUGGAUUUCAAGGUCAAAUUCCAACCGUAAAUCGUCCUCGUCCCCAAGCAGUUGUGCCGGGUAAUUUUCCUGGAUCGGAAAUAUGGCGAUCAACUCAAUUGCUUGAAAAUGUCAAGGGAAAGAUCCACUCUUUCCUUGAGGGGCCAAAUUACAACAGCUUUUUUAACAAGCAUCUGGUCAAAACUGGACGGGUUUCUUACUUUCGCCUGGAAACAAUUGUCAAAGAGUUGAAAUCACUUACAAGCGAGCUGAAAAACAUCAAAGACACUUUAGUAGUUGAGCUUUUGAAAAUAUACAAUGAUCACGUGGUCAACGAGUGGAUUGUUGAACAAAUUCAAAAGGAAGAAAAACAAUUGGAAGAAAAAACCUCUGCAACUUCAAAUUAUUUAGCGAAAAUGAACAAAGAGCUUUAA